AUGAGGAGGAAAAUCCAGCCUUGUAGCAGUUCAGUUGCGAUUAAAAUUGAUGACCAGCCAGGACCAUCCAAUAUUAUUCAAAUAUUACCACAGAUUAAUUUGCAGUCUGUAUCUAUAACCAUAAUCACUUCAACAUCGGGUCUGAUUGUUGAACCACCUCAACAAUCUGCAACAGAUCAGGGUGAUGUAUCUCAGGCUGCCUUUGCGACCAUUAAUAGUGACCAAGAAUUUAAAUUAACACCAGUAAAGACAAAUUCUUCAGCUGUGUUUAAUUCUGAAAUUGUAAAGCCUAUACUAAAGGCACCUCCGAGAUUGCAGACGGCUACAAAACGCCGUAUAAGGAAGACGGCUGUUUUGACUGACACACCAGAAAAAAAUGCCUCAGCUGAAGAACAGAUAAAGAAGAAAGCCAGAAAAGACGAAGCCAUUAGAAAGAAAGGAAAGGAAACCAACAAUAAUAAAGGAAAAGGUAAAGGCAAGGGAAAGGCUCAAAAAAAAGCUAAACGAAGAGUAUUACAAGAAAGCGGGAGUGAUAGUGAUGACGAAGAUCUGGAAUGGCACUACAUAAUUUGUUGUGAUUCACAUUCAAAUUCUCUUUCAAUAGAACAGUGGAUAGUAUGUAGCAUGUGUUAA